UUGGGCCUGUCAAUUUUUGUCAACAGAAAUUUUUAUCAGUAGUGCGUUUUUAUCAUGGCAGGGUCCACCAGCAUUGAUGAUUUAGUUCAAUCAGUCAGUUUACACAAACUCUGUCCCCUCUAUUUCCAUGGUUGUAUAUUCCCUUUCAUAUUUUUGUACUCGGGGUGGGUUUAUCUGUGGUUAUUUGUUUACGGUCUUGAAGAGUUACAGGAAAGUGGAUACAUCGGAAUCGCUGUGAUAGCAGUCUGCCAAAUCCUCAGUUGUCUGGCCUGUUAUUGGUCUGUGCAUGUCCAGAGCUUUUUUGCCUGUAAUAGGGUUAAAAAUAUAAAAUCAGCAACAAUCGCAAAAGUUAUUCCAACAGCCAACAAUGGAUCAUCAGAAAUGGUCACCUUGCACCGAUACAUGGAUGAAAAGAAACAAGAAGAGCUAAUUUGGUUCCUAUUCCAGAAAACGAAAUACUUGUAUGAUGAGGAAAAGAAGCAAUUUAGGAAUUUACAGUUUCCUGUGCAUAAAAAAUUCAGUCAGUACAUUGAUUGGAAAGGCCUUCAAGAUGAUGUUGAAAUCAAGAGAACGGGUGACAUUUUUGGAAAGAAUGAGCUCGAAAUGGUUGUGCCAGAAUUUCGGGAGCUCUUCAUCGAGAGAGCCACUGCGCCUUUCUUUGUUUUCCAAAUAUUCUGUGUUGCCCUUUGGUGUCUUGAUCGCUACUGGUAUUAUUCUCUUUUUACCCUCUUCAUGCUUGUUUUAUUUGAGAUUACUCUUGUGCAACAGCAACUGCGAAACAUGGCUGAAAUCAGAAAAAUGGGGAACAAACCUUACCCUUUACAAGUGUAUCGAAAUAAAAGAUGGCGCUCCAUUCUCAGCGAUCAGUUGUUACCAGGAGAUAUUGUAUCAAUAAUGCGAUCACCUUCUGAUAAUCCAGUGCCAUGUGACCUACUCCUUCUUCGAGGACCUUGCAUUGUGGAUGAAAGCAUGUUGACAGGAGAAUCAGUGCCACAAAUGAAGGAGCCCUUAGAAAAUGCUGAUCUGAAGGAAGAUCUAAAUAUUGAAACAAAUGGAAAGUUGCAUGUAAUUUUUGGUGGUACUAAAGUUGUGCAGCACACUCCACCAAGUAAAACCUCUGGAGGACUGAAAGCUCAUGACAAUGGUUGCAUAGCCUACGUUUUGCGAACAGGAUUUAACACAGCGCAAGGAAAACUUCUCCGCACAAUUUUAUUCGGUGUGAAGCGAGUCACUGCUAAUAAUCUAGAAACUUUUGGCUUCAUUCUGUUCUUACUGGUAUUCGCCAUUGCUGCUGCAUCAUAUGUUUGGAUCAAAGGAUGCGAGGAUCCCAAACACAAUCGCUACAAGCUGUUCCUGGAGUGCACUCUCAUUUUAACGUCUGUGGUUCCUCCUGAGUUACCUAUUGAGCUUUCUCUUGCUGUUAACACAUCUAUUCUAUCACUUACAAAGUUAGGUGUGUUUUGCACAGAACCUUUCCGUAUUCCUUUCGCUGGGAAAGUGGAAAUUUGCUGUUUUGACAAAACUGGAACGUUAACAAGCGAUAAUCUUGUUGUAGAAGGCAUUGCUGGAAUUGGUAAAACGCCGAAAGCUGUCAUCCCAAUUAAUGAGGCGCCAAAUGAAACAGUACAUGUCUUAGCAACCUGUCACUCACUUGUUCAGCUCGAUGAAGGUUUGGUUGGUGAUCCAUUGGAGAAAGCAACUCUAACUGCCAUUGAUUGGCAAUUGACUCGAGGAGAUGCUGUGAUACCAAAACGAACGACAAAAUACACCACAGGACUUAAAAUUUUCCACCGAAACCAUUUCUCAUCAGCUCUUAAGCGAAUGUCUGUUGUCGCUGGCUACAUGCAACCUGCAGCCACAGACACAUUGUUCAUCGCUGCAGCUAAAGGAGCCCCAGAAGUUUUGAAACCAAUGUUCAAAGAUCUUGACCCCUCGUACGAUGAAGUGUAUCUGGAACUAUCCCGACGUGGCGCCAGAGUGCUUGCUCUAGGAUGGAAACAACUUGGUCGGAUUAGUCCACAACAAGCCAAAGAUAUCUCAAGGGAAGAUCUUGAGAAUAAGCUUCACUUUGUUGGAUUCAUCAUCAUCUCUUGUCCUCUGAAAACAGACUCCAAAGCAGCGAUACGAGAGCUUGUUCAUGCUUCACAUUCAGUUAUGAUGAUUACAGGUGACAAUCCACUAACUGCUUGUCAUGUGGCAAAAGAACUUCAGUUCACGUCGAAGAAAGGAAUACUCGUAUUGAAAGAAUGCGAUGAUGGUACUUGGAAAUGGGAGACGAUUGAUGAGAGUUUUUCUGUCAAUUUCCCACAGCCAGAAGAUGUUGUGAGAAAGAUUAUUAAGCGCUACGACUUUUGCCUGACGGGAGAGGGCUUGGUUCACAUGAUCAAAAAUCACAAGAGUCUCUUCCAUCUAAUCCUGCCUCAUGUUGCUGUUUUUGCAAGAGUUGCCCCCACCCAGAAAGAGUUUGUCAUAACAACCCUGAAAAGCGUUGGCUUCACAACACUCAUGUGUGGAGAUGGAACCAAUGAUGUUGGUGCUCUGAAACAUGCAGAUGUUGGCGUGGCAAUCAUAUCAAAUGCUCCUGAAAGAAUGCCGGAGAAGAAAAAGCAUGUAGUGCCAAAAGAAGUUUCACCUUCACGACCAUUCCGCGAACCUUCUCACCAUAGACAAUCAUUCAACCAUCAGCUGAAUUCACGGAUGAACAAAAUGCUUAAAGAAAUCAAUGAAGCUGAUCAACCGCAGUUUGUGAAACUAGGUGACGCAAGUAUUGCGGCUCCAUUCACUAGCAAACUCUCAUCAAUAAUGUGUAUAUGUCAUGUAAUCAAACAGGGGCGCUGUACAUUAGUAACAACUCUUCAAAUGUUCAAAAUUCUUGCUUUGAAUGCACUGAUUUUAGCGUAUAGUCAGUCAGUUUUGUAUAUUGAGGGUAUUAAGUUUAGUGAUGUACAAGCAACCAUCCAGGGUCUACUCCUGGCUGCGUGUUUCCUGUUCAUAUCUCGGUCAAAACCUCUGAAGGUGCUGUCGAAAGAGAGGCCGCUGCCAAAUAUCUUCAACCUUUAUACAAUUUCUACAGUCAUGCUGCAGUUUUUUGUUCACUUUGCUUGCUUGAUAUUCCUCGUCCAACAAGCAAGCCUCAUAUCGCCUCCGAAGAAAAGUGAUGCGCCUAAAGUGGAAUCACCAGAUGCUGAGGAGGAAGUACCUUUUGAAGCUAGUCUUCUUAAUAGUGCUGUAUAUAUUAUUGCAAUGACUCUGCAAAUAGCAACUUUUGCCAUCAACUAUCGGGGGCACCCAUACAUGGAAAGUUUAGUUGAAAACAGGCCACUAUUAUGGAGUAUAGUUGGCUCAGCUGGUGUUGUUCUAGCUUUGGCAAUGGGGCUUUUCCCAGAUAUAGCAGCUAAAUUAGAAAUUGUUGAUUUUCCCUCGGAUGUAAGUAUCACUCAUCUCAAAGCUAAGACUUCCAUCAACAAGUGUGUUAUAAUCAGUCAAACUUGAGAUGAUUCGUCCUGU